AUGUCGAGUGAAAAACAGAUUCGAAUACGUGGCGGGCAUCGUGCUUACGUUAGCAAACUUAUUGAGAGUGUCAACGGAAUUAUCGAGCAUUUUAGCGGAUCUACGAGCGAAAGAGAAAAGUUAGAAAGUCUCAAAGUAACUUUGAAAGAUAAGAAAGAAAUUCUUAAGAGUAUCGACGAAGCUAUAUUGGAGUCAACGAAAGAUGAAGGUAUUAAUAAGGAGAUACUCGAAGCCAGUGAUAUCGCAUCGGGCCCUAUUGUGACGGAUAGAGCUGCCCGUAGAGCAAUUUUAAGGAAAAAGGGAAAAUGUUUCUUAUGCCUGAGAUCUGGUCAUAUCAUUAAACAUUGUGAUUCUCAUUAUAAAUGCCAGAAGUGUGGUGGUCAUCAUCAUCUAUCAAUCUGCGAGAAGAAUGACAGUAAACCCCCUGCCCCGGGAAGCGAGGCAGACCAACAACAUAACCCUGAACAAAGCCAGAAAGAUUGUAAGCUCAAACCCAAACCAGACAAUGGACAGGAAACCCAAAGUGAAGCAUCGACUAUGUAUGUUGAGAGCAAUACAGCGGUUCUUUUACAGACAGCUCAAGGUUUAGUGGGUGAAGUUGGAAGUAAUGCAGACAGAAAGCAUAACGCUAGAAUUGUGUUCGAUUCGUGUAGUCAGCGGUCGUACAUAUCGAACAGACUCAGAAAUACCCUGAAUUUAGAGACGGUUGAUUCAGAAAACCUACUUAUAAAGACCUUCGGGGACGAAGCCCCUAAAGUCCUAACAUGCAAUAGAGUUAAGUUUGCAAUAACAGAUACCGAAAGGAAUGAUAUGUUGAUGGAUGCAUACAGUGUGCCUACAAUAUGUAGUCCGAUUAGCAAUCAGUCGAUUAAAGUAGCACUUGAAGAAUACCCGCAUCUUCGUGGUUUGAAUCUUGCCGACAACCCAGGUAUGUCUGAUGAUGAUGUACAAGUGGACAUAUUGAUUGGUGCCGAUUACUACUGGAAAUUUAUAACUGGCACAACAAAGCGUGGUGGGAGCCCUGGUCCAGUAGCUGUCCUUACUAGACUUGGAUGGGUACUGUCUGGACCCGUGAUCAAAGGGAAUCAAGAAAACCGCAGCUGUUCCGUCAACCUCAAUGGUACUCAUGUCCUUCGCAUCGAUGCCGAACCAGUUACGACAACCCCAACCGACCGAUUGCACGACCAAUUGCAAAAACUGUGGGAUCUAGAAACGUUGGGAAUACGAGAUAACGAGCCUACCACCGAGUCAAAGUUCAUGGAAGACAUAAGCUUUAAUGGAAACCAGUACGAAGUUAAGCUACCCUUUCGAGAAGAGCACCCUCUACUACCAGACAAUCAUGUGGGUUCUGUGAAACGGUUAAACUCUUUGCUAACCCGAUUGAAAGCUAACCCCAAUCUUCUACAGGAAUAUGACAAUAUAAUAAAAGAUCAAAUCAAAUCUGGUGUCGUAGAACCUGCUGAUGAUGUCCUUGUUCCAGUUGGAAAAGUUCAUUACUUACCACAUCGUGAGGUUGUCCGAGAAGAUAAGAAUACAACGAAGGUCCGAGUCGUAUAUGACGCGUCGGCAAAAAGCCCUGAAACGAGUUUAAAUGACUGUUUGCACACUGGACCCUCUCUCAAUACCCUAAUAUUCGAUAUUCUGGUUCGAUUUCGCGCGUAUAAAGUGGCGAUGAUCGCUGAUAUUGAAAAGGCGUUCCUGAAUAUUUCUAUCUCGCCAGAGCAUCGAGAUUAUUUGCGCUUCUUUUGGAUUGAUGACAUUCAUGACUCAAACCCGAACAUUGUAACUUUAAGAUUUGCCCGACUAGUGUUUGGUCUCACAUGCAGUACAGCCAUUUUGAAUGCUGUACUACAUCAUCACCUUGUCCAAUAUUCCACCAUUGAUCUAACCUUUGUAACCAAAGUGUUAAAAUCCCUCUAUGUGGAUGAUCUUGCAUCUGGAUCACACGAUACAGAGUCAGCCUUAGAGUUAGCUAAGAAAAUCAAAACCCGAUUUUCCGAAGGAGGUUUAAAUAUGCGCAAGUGGCUGAGUAACAGUAAAGAGUUGAUGACAGAGUUUCAAAACGAUCCACAAUUUUCAGAAAGUCCUCAACAAUCAUCCAAUUUACCGAGUUCAGUGAUGGAAGAAGAUCAAGGAUAUUCAAAGUCUGUCUUAGAAUCCAAACAACUUAAUUCCCAUCCUCGUGUUUUGGGUCAAGUAUGGAACCCCCAAACGGACACGUUAAUUAUGAUUUUUUCUGCCGCCUUGAAGAACGUUGAGAAAAAUCCAAUCACAAAGAGAAACAUUCUAAGCGUUGCGGCAAAGUUUUAUGAUCCAUUAGGUCUUAUAUCCCCAGUAACCCUUCGGUUUAAACAAAUGUUUCAAGAGUUGUGCAAGAGUAAAGUAGACUGGGACGAACCACUUAAUGAUGAAUUUUGCCAAGAAUGGACUCAAAUUGUUCAGAAAUUGAAAGAAGCAAACCACAUGAGUAUCCAAAGAUGUUAUUGUCCAGAAGCAUUUGCUAGUGAAGUUAAGUCAGCCGAGUUGCAUUCAUUUGGAGACGCAUCUGAAAGUUCCUAUGGUGCAUGUGUCUAUCUUCGAUGUGAACAUUCGGAAGGUAUUCAUUGUGAUUUAAUUGCUUCAAAAACGCGAGUUGCCCCAAUGUCGAAACAAACGAUUCCUCGGCUAGAACUAUUAUCGAGUCUCGUAGCAUCACGGUUAACCAAAAGCGUAAAGGAAGCAUUGAAUGACGUUAAAAAGAUCGAUUCAGUUACAUAUUGGUCCGAUCUACGGUCGUACUAA